AUGGCUGUUGUAAAUCAACUAAGAAGAUACGGGGAGGAAGUAGAUGAUGUGUGUUCGGUAGAAAAGAUCCUUCGUUCUUUAACACCUAAAUUUCACUAUGUGGUGUGUGCUAUUGAGGAGUCUAACGAUCCAGACUCUAUGACGGUAGAACAAUUGGAAGGUUCUCUACUAGCCCAUGAAGAGAAAAUGAAAAUAAGAAAAGAAGAGCAACAAGAGCAAUUUCUUGGAACGCAUGCAUCCUUCAAAGGAUUUGAAGGUGAGCAAAGUUACAAAGGAAAUGGACAAUGGCGAGGCCGUGGAGGUCGUGGAGGCCGUGGAAGAGGAAUAAGUUAUACCAAUCAUUUCAUCAAUGAAGAUAAAGGUCACCAGUCAUUCAGAGGUCGUGGUCGUGGUCAACGAGGAGGCAGAGGACGUGGAGCCUAUCAAGGUACAAAUGAAAUGAGGUAUGGCAAAUCUAAAAUUGAGUGUUAUAACUGUCAUAAAAUGAGACAUUACUCUUGGGAAUGUCGUAGUAAUGUCGAAGAGAAAGUUAAUCUUGUUGACAACAACAUAGAUGAAGAUGAGUCAACAUUGUUAUUAACACUCAAAGAAGAAGAUAAAGAUGAUUGA